AUUACCAUAUGAAAGUGACGUCAUUGUUUGUGCUACUAGCAGAAUAUUAAUCAUUGUCCCAUUGUUGUUUGUUGAAGCGUAACGUUAGCUGGCUAGCUAACUGACGACCUACACAAGUCACCAUGGGGAAAGAUCCUAGGAAGCCGAGAGGCAAGAUGUCCUCAUAUGCUUACUUCGUGCAGACCUGCAGGGCUGAGCACAAGAAGAAACACCCCGAAGGCAGUGUCAACUUCGCUGAGUUCUCCAAGAAAUGCUCAGAGCGAUGGAAGCCCUUGUCUCCUAAAGAAAAAGGCAAGUUUGAAGACAUGGCAAAGCAAGACAAGGUCCGCUAUGAGAGCGAAAUGAAGAACUACAUCCCACCCAAUGGCCAGAAAAAGAAGAGGUUUAAGGAUCCCAAUGCCCCCAAGAGACCGCCGUCUGCGUUCUUCAUCUUCUGUGCUGACUUCCGGGCCAAGAUAAAGAGUGAGCACCCAGGCCUGUCCAUCGGAGACACUGCUAAGAAGCUGGGAGUGAUGUGGAACAGCUCUGCAGCUGAGGAGAAGAAGCCAUACGAGAAGAAGGCUGCCACGCUGAAGGAGAAAUACGACAAGGAUAUCGCAUCAUACCGCACCAAUGGUAGAGUGGAUACGGCCUCCUCCGCAGCUGCUGAUGACGAAGAGGAGGAGGAGGAGGAAGAAGACGACGACGAUGAGGAUGAUGACGAGUAGCCUCCCUGCUGUUGGAGCUUACAUUCUUGUUUAAUGCUAUGUAACCCUAAUGUACACACCUUACAUCUCCAAACAGACCCAGAUGCAACGAGAACACAUGAAUUAGGCAGUGUGUAUAUUUAAUGUUUUAAUGAUGGGUGGUGUUACGCUCCCUAACUGGUUAAAGUUAACACUACAUGUCUUGUUUUUUGUUAUUUUGUUGUUGUUGCCCUUGCCUGUAACUGCUUUGGAGGAUUAUACAUCAGUAUGGAAGUAAUACAUUAUCUUUAGGUGUACAUCUCUCAAAGUAAUACAUUAUCUUUAGGUGUGCAUCUCUCAAAUCCGAUUUCUGGGAGCUAGUGUCUUUUUUUGUUUCUGUAUUUGUUUUAAAGGAUAUUUUUUCAUAUGUUUGUCACAAGGUCUUUUUAUUGUUCUUUGAAUACCACUCUGAUAACAAAUGCAGCUGACAUUCAGGAAUGUCUUAAAUAAAGGUCUUUUUUAAAAUAA